AUGGGCUACAUCGCACCAGAACUAUACUCUAGGAACUUUGGAGGGAUAUCCUACAAGUCAGAUGUCUAUAGUUUUGGUUUGCUGGUGUUAGAAAUGGUGAGCCGAAAGAGGAACUCAGACCCAAGUAUUGAGAGCCGGAACCAGGUAUAUCUCCCGGAGCGGAUCUAUGAAAAAGUCAUGACUGGAGAGGAACUAGUGCUUACUGUGGAAGUGACACCAGAAGGGAAAGAAAAGGUGAGACAGCUGGCUAUUGUGGCACUCUGGUGUAUUCAGUGGAACCCAAGAAACCGGCCAUCGAUGACAAAAGUGAUAAACAUGUUAUUGGGAAGUUUGCAGGAUCUGCAGAUGCCCCCUAAGCCCUUUGUCCCAUCUGAAAAUCGCCGCGCACCAUAA